CCUGCCUCCCUCUCCCUUUUCGCCGGAUUGAAUUUAGCCGGACUUCUCUUUCUCUCCCUCAGUGUCUCAGCCUCCCCCGAGCUUUUUCGACCACCGUUUCAGCUGCCGAGACCCAUCGCCCCCUCAGACGCCACCCCCGGAAGAGUUAGGCGGACCCUAGGAUGGCUUUGCCUUUCUACCAGAAAUACUACGAGCAUUACGACCGGGGAUAUCGCAACAAAGAACUUCAGUCCACUCUGAGCCAGUAUCGGCAAGAAAAGAAGGAUUCAGCCAUCUACACUCAUGGCUCCUCAGCCUACAGCCACGCAGCUGCGACCUACCGCCGGGGCUCCUCGGCCUACGCCCUUGGCUCUUCAGCUGAAUAUCUGGAAGCCGAAGAUUACAGUAAGGCAUCUUCGGCCUACGGGCGUGGAUCGGCAGGCUACCGUCACGGACUUAGGGAAUCCAGUUUAAUGCUAGAAGAUACAUCAUACAAAUUGAGUCCCAAAGCGAAGAGGGUCAAAUCAAGCCUCAUCUCUGGAGAGGAGAAAGAACAGCAAGCAACUGACUUUAUGGCCCCUCUCUUCAGUGGGCGUCAAGUAAACAUCAGUGGAAUUGCAGAAUCAGAGGAAGAAAGGAUCAAAGAAGCUGCUGCUUAUAUUGCCAAAAGGAACCUUUUGGCUACUACUGAAGGAAUCACGGCAACCAAACAGUCCUCUUCGGCUUCUGAACAGGAAGAGAUUUUUGAAAAGAAGUCAAGGAAAGUAGCCAUUCGAGAAAAGGCCGAACGCAUAUCACUGAGAAAAACAUUAGAAGAGACCGAGGCCUACCACAGAAAACUGAACGAAGAUAGUCUUCUACAUGCUCCAGAAUUCGUCAUCAAGCCUCGAUCCCACACCGUCUGGGAGAAAGAGAGUAUAAAAUUACACUGCACUGUAAGUGGCUGGCCAGAACCUCGUCUUACAUGGUACAAAAACCACGUGCCCAUCAAUGUUCACACUCACCCCGGAAAGUAUGUCAUCCAAAGUCGAUAUGGAAUGCACACCCUGGAGAUUAACGCAUGCGAUUUUGACGACACGGCUCAAUACCGCGCUUCGGCCAUGAAUGUUAAAGGAGAGCUUUCCGCUUACGCUUCAGUUGUGGUAAAGAGAUAUAAGGGAGAGUUUGAUGAAACUCGUUUCCAUGCUGGAUACUCCACUAGACCCCUCAGCUUUGGGAUGAGUAUAUCUGGCAAGUUUGAGAUCCACUUUGACGACAAGUUUGAGGUAUCUUUUGGUAGAGAAGGAGAGACGAUCAGUCUUGGGUGCCAAGUCGUGGUCACCCCAGAAGUUAAGGAUUUUCAACCAGAGAUCCAGUGGUACAGAAACGGAACGCUCAUCUCGCCAUCCAAAUGGGUCCAGACUCUCUGGAGUGGGGACCGAGCCUCGCUGACCUUUUCUCAUCUGAACAAGGAGGACGAGGGUCUGUACACGCUGAGGGUGCAGAUGGGAGAGUACUACGAACAGUACAGCGCUUACGUCUUUGUGCGAGACGCUGAGGCGGAUGUAGCAGGAGCCCCGGCUGCCCCGCUGGAUGUGGUGUGCUUGGAUAGCAACAAAGACUAUAUCAUCAUUUCCUGGAAACAGCCGGCAGUGGACGGAGGCAGCCCCAUUCUCGGUUAUUUCAUCGACAAGUGUGAGGUGGGUACUUCCACCUGGUCUCAGUGCAACGAUACUCCGGUUAAGUUCGCUCGUUUCCCAGUCACUGGAUUAAUCGAGGGGCGUUCUUACAUAUUCCGAGUCCGCGCCGUGAACAAGACGGGAAUAAGCAGACCCUCUCGGGUCUCCGAGCCCGUGGCUGCCCUAGAUCCUGCCGAUAGAUCCAGACUGAAAACUCGUCCUUCCGCUCCUUGGACCGGGCAGAUCAUUGUGACAGAAGAGGAACCAGCAGAGGGAGUCGUGCCUGGACCACCUACAGACCUCACGGUGACCGAAGCCACCAGAAGCUACGUUGUUCUGAGCUGGAAGCCCCCCGGCCAACGGGGACACGAGGGCAUUAUGUACUUUGUGGAAAAGUGUGUUGCUGACACCGAAAACUGGCAGAGAGUGAACACAGAGAUCCCCGUAAAAUCUCCCCGCUUUGCUCUGUUUGACUUGGUUGAAGGAAACUCUUACCGUUUCCGAGUUCGCUGUUCCAAUUCAGCGGGAGUUGGUGAACCUUCAGAGGCAACUGAAGUCACCAUCGUGGGCGACAAACUAGAUAUACCCAAAGCUCCUGGCCGAUUAAUUCCAAGCCGGAAUACAGAUACCUCCGUGGUUAUUUCUUGGGAAGAAUCCAAAGAUGCUAAAGAGCUGGUUGGUUACUACAUAGAAUCAAGUGUUGUUGGAUCAGGCCAGUGGGAACCUUGUAACAACAACCCUGUGAAAGGCCCAAGGUUUACUUGUCACGGACUCCUCACCGGCCAAAAUUACAUUUUCCGAAUCAGAGCGGUAAAUGCGGCUGGACUGAGUGAAUAUUCACAGGAUUCAGAAGCUAUCCAAGUUAAGGCCGCCAUCGGGGGAGGAGUGUCUCAAGGUGUGUGGCCUGAACUCAGUGGUAAAGCUGGUGGACUAACAGACUACAAGGGAGGCAUGCAUGAAGCCCCCCGGAGAAUCAAUAAGAAAGACGCUUUGGUCGAUAGAGGUGUCACGCCUAACAAUCGUACGUUGCCCGGUAGCUCUGAUAAACCGAGCGAGACCGCAGUCGGUAAAGCGAGUGCAACGGGUAAGGACAAAUCUCCCCCUCCACCGCAGAAGGACGCUGCUCUAGGGCUGGCGGAAAGCAGUAAAGUAAGUGAGAAGGUUAAGAAUGAGCCACCGCCGACACCACCACCGUCUCAGAAAGCGGCCGGUGAGGGGACGAGUAAGUCUGAUCCCGAGCCCCCCUCGACUCUGAAAGACGGGGAGAAGAAGAAGGAUCUAGCCGUUCCCUCUCCACCCUACAAUAUCACCUGUCUCGAGAGUUUUCGGGAUUCGAUGGUUCUCGGCUGGAAGGAGCCCGAUAAGACCGGCGGGGCCGAGAUCACCGGCUAUUACGUGAACUUCCGCGAAGUCGUCGGUGGAGUGCCCGGAAAAUGGAAAGAGGCGAACGUUAAGGCUAUCAGUGAACAGGUCUACAAGAUUAGCAAUCUGAAGGAGAAUGUGGUCUAUCAGUUCCAAGUGGCAGGUGCUAACAUCGCCGGCCUGGGAUCCUUUUCUACGGUGAGCGAGUCGUUCAAGUGUGAAGAAUGGACCAUCUCUGUGCCAGGUCCGCCUCUUGAACUGAAGUACAGUGAAGUCCGGAAAGACUCCCUCGUUCUCCAGUGGAAGUCACCGGCUCACUCGGGCCACACCCCCGUGACUGGUUUCUAUGUCGACCUGAAGGAGGCAACAGCUAGGGAUGACAAAUGGCGAGGAGUCAAUGAGAAGCCCAUUAACCACAAAUACCUCAAGGUGCGAGGCCUGAAAGAGGGAGUGAGUUAUGUGUUCCGGGUGCGAGCUACCAACCAAGUAGGAGUUGGGAAACCGUCUGACGUCGUCGGGCCUGUGGUGGCCGAAACCCGACCAGGAACCAAAGAGGUGGUAGUAAAUGUAGAUGAUGAUGGAAUUAUUUCUCUGAAUUUUGAAUGUGACCAGAUGGCUGCGGACUCUCAGUUCACUUGGUCCAAGGAUUAUGUUUCGGUUGAAGACUCACCUCGUUUAAAUGUAGAAACUAAAGGCAACAAGACUAAAUCAACAUUUAAAGACCUGGGGGAAGAAGACUUGGGCAUUUAUUCCUGUGAUGUCACAAACUCUGAUGGAAUUGCUUCCAGUUAUGUUAUAGAUGAGGAGGAGUUGAAACGCUUACUGGCCCUCAGUCAGGAACACAAAUUCCCAACCGUUGCACUUAAAACCGAGCUAGCCGUGGAAAUCUUGGAGAGGGGACAAGUCCGCUUCUGGUUGCAGGCUGAUAAACUGUCUCCCAACGCCAAAGCUGUUUACGUAUUUAAUGACAAGGAGAUAUUUGAUGGGCCGAAAUAUAAGAUGAACAUGGACCGGAACACAGGCCUCGUUGAAAUGAUCAUGGAGAAGCUUGGAGAUGACGAUGAAGGAACAUUUACGUUCCAGCUCCAGGAUGGCAAAGCAACUAACCAAUCCACCCUGGUUCUCAUUGGAGAUGUGUAUAAGAAGCUUCAGAAAGAAGCUGAUUUCCAAAGGCAAGAAUGGAUCCGGAAACAAGGACCGCAUUUUGCUGAGUAUCUGAGCUGGGAAGUAACCGGGGAAUGUAACGUAUUAUUGAAAUGCAAGGUGGCUAAUAUUAAAAAAGAAACACAUAUCGUUUGGUACAAAGAUGACCGAGAGAUUAUGGCCGAUGAAAAACAUGACUUUAAGGAUGGAAUAUGUACCCUUCUGAUAACCGAGUUUUCCAAGAAAGACUCCGGUGUUUAUGAAGUGAUCCUGAAAGAUGACCGAGGAAAGGACACUAGCAUCCUGAAGCUUGUGAAUGAAGCUUUUAAAGACCUGAUGGCAGAAGUAUGUAAAACAAUUGCUCUAUCCGCUACGGAACUGAAAAUCCAGAGCACUGCAGAGGGUAUCCGGUUAUACUCUCUUGUUAACUAUUACCUGGAUGAUCUCAGAGUGACCUGGACCCACAAUGGGAACAGCAUUAAGAGCACAGACCGAAUUAAGAGCGGGGUCACUGGCGAGCAGAUCUGGCUCCAGAUUCAUGAACCUACUGCAAAUGACAAGGGGAAAUACGUGAUGGAGCUCUUUGAUGGAAAAACCGGGUAUCAGAAGACAGUAGACCUUUCUGGACAAGCCUAUGACGAAGCCUUUGCCGAAUUCCAGAGAUUAAAGGAAGCCGCCAUUGCCGAGAAAAAUCGUGCCCGGGUCAUGGGAGGUUUGCCUGAUGUCGUGACCAUCCAGGAAGGCAAGUCCCUUAACCUUACGUGCAAUCUCUGGGGGGAGCCCGUGCCUGAGAUUUCCUGGUUGAAGAAUGAGAAAAUACUGGUCUCAGAUGAGCACUGUAACCUGAAAUUUGAGUCCGGGAAGACGGCCUACUUCACCAUCACUGCCAUCGGUGCCGCCGACUCUGGGAAAUACAGCCUGGUGGUGAAAAACAAAUACGGCACCGAAACAAGCGAUUUCACCGUAAGCGUCUUCAUCCCCGAAGAGGAGGAGCGCAAGGUGGCCUCUGAGGAGAACAGCGGAGAUAAGAAGAAGGCUAAGUGAAUCUCAGAUGGGGAAAGAGAGGGGUAGGGGCGAGGUAAAAUGACCCGUAGUUUCCGCGUGUAAAAGGUUUGGGCUGUUUAUAAGAACGAUCCAUUAGUCCUCUCACUCAGUGUCUGUUCGAGCUGUCCUUCCUUCCGCCAGAUGGACCUCGCACGUGCAAAGGACGGGAACAACAAUCACUGCACAGUUUCAUUCUUCGGUCAUGUGCCCUGGGUAAAGGAAACACCAUUGGAAACCCAGAGAAUGGUUUCCACAGACAGCUCAGAAUGAAGGUGGUGAAAGGCGGAAGGGUGGAAAAGCAAGGCUUUUCUCGGGGGAAGCCAUUUAGAUUUGAUAGACGUUCAUAAGCUAGUCCUCUUAAGUUGCGAGAUUCAGUACUGCGGAAUGGUUUAGUUAGUGCAAGUGAGAUGUUAAACCCAUCCCUGGGUACUCGGUGUUGAAUGAUGGGUCUGUUACCGUGCCAUCUUGUCUGUUCCGUGGAAAUGUUAACAAAUAAAUGGUACAUCUUUCACCAUAACCUC